GAAAGAAAAGCAUUCAAGCACAGAAAAUGUGAGGCCUUUGAUCGAUUUGAAAACAAUACGGAUGGAGAUGCCCCUACUGGGUUCGGAACAAGCUAUAAUACAACCCACCAAAAAACCAGUUAUUUCUAUUUUGAGAAACACAAGAAGCCAACACAGUAAGAAAGCAGAAGACACAGUUACUUCAACAGAGAACUUGGUGAAAAAACUAGUAGACCUUGAACUUCCUGAAACGAAAACAUCAUCGUUGGAGGUCAAUAGAAAUCCCAAUAGCUUUUUAGAGCAGACCAACAAAGAACUGAAUAUUGCUGCAGCGCAACUCGAGCAGAUAAAAGGGGCCAUGAAAAUGAAACAAGCAGAAAGUUCCAAGGGAUGUAGAGUACCAACACACAAACCAAAGAAGAAGAAUCGACACAGUGACUGUGUCAAGAAGAAAUACUUAACAACGAUACAUGCAAUGAAGCAGAAAUUACAAGCCCUGGAAAAUAAAUAUUUUAGCAGACCAAAAAUCGCCUACAGAAGUGUGAAUGAUACAUUUACUCAGUCAUCUGAGAUUGAAACGAUAUACGAGAAAACAAGUUAUGACUGUGUCAAAACAGAUCAAACUCUAGAAGGAAUAAUGAAUGACUUGGACGAGCUCAUGAAUGCCGAUGUGAAUCAGAAAUAUAGACCUUACCAACCAAGAGACUUAUCAUUCAAUGACAGGGAGCUGGAAGAUUCUUUGGAAAGAACUGGAUUCAAACUGACUGAGAUAAAAGAACCACGACAUGUAUCCAUUCACGACUCUCAGGACCGAAUCCGAAAUGAGGAACGCUUGAGAAAUUACAAAUUUUUCAGUACGAAUAACAAAUUUGGGGCUGAAAGUGAGCAACCACCCAAAAAAAAGAAUACAACUGUAGACAAAGAUUCUCCUGGGAAUAAUUACAUUUUUAUAAGAGCAACGCCUAUAUCGAGUCCGAACUCCCCCGGUAAAGCAGACAAGGUGAAAAUAAAAAUGUACGACAUGAAAAAUGUGUCAUGCAAACAAAGCAACGAUCCUUUUGCUGACGCUAUCGAUAUUUCUGAAUCUCAAGUAAGAAAGUUUCGUUCCAUGAAGCAAGAUAUUAUGGAUAUUGAGACUUUUUGUGAAGAAAUGCGGAAAAUAACUCACGAUGAAGAUAAUACUGAGGAGGAUGUGAAGGUGAAGCAAGAGGAACAUGUCAAUAAGGGGCCUUUCGAUGGCAGUCAGUUGCAGAAUUAUGUUUUGAAAUCUUCUUUUCUGAUGAAGGAAUUUGAUACACCAACUAAAAUCAAUUACUUUUGCGAGAGCGACACUUUUUCUCGAAAUAAAAACAAACAACUAGAUUUAUCUGAAAAAUAUAGUGGGGCCAGUGUGACAAGUAUAAAAAAACUUUUGAGGAGUUUAAAUAGUGCUUUGGAUAACUCCAUAUAUGAGGUUGGCAAUAAUGAAUAAUUCUGUAGUUCAGCUCAAUAAAACGAAUUACCACCUGAA